AGCUAGCGGUGUGUGUGCGGUGAAUUGACAUCAAAACAUCGGCUAUCUUGGCAGGUCCAAUCAAUAAGUACUUUCUAAAAUGUGUUAAAUUUGACAAAAAAAUCAACAGUGCACUACGGAAUUUUUGUAAGCUGUGUUUUCAUUCAUUAUUUUAUCAAUGCACAUUAUCACAAAAAUAUGAACCAUUGGGUUAAAUGCUAAGACAAAAUUGGAACUGUGUUUGUUUCAAGAGACAACUCAAACAGUAACAACACGACAACACAAAUACAUGACACCUUGCUUGACCGUAGGCGUAGGUCGCCAGUUUUAUUAUUAUUUUUUUUUUGCAAAUAAAAUUUAGUCUUUACUGCCUCUGGCAUUGAUGAAAUUUUAUUAUUAAAUUAAAAAGUGUUCCUUGUAACCUGAUUUUCCAUAUGACAUGAUGAUAUGAUAAAUUAAAGUGUAAAGCUUAAAUUCUAAAUUCAAUGAUAUAUAUAAUUAAUAUAAUUUAAAAUAAUGUUGAUUUUUUAGUCAACAUUAUACUUACACUAUGAUGCUUUCUUCUAUAUCUUGAGCGCCCGCGAUCAGUAUAUUAGUAUUAGUAUUCAUCAUUCUGACUACUAUUUAUGUAGAGGGGAUUUGCGAAGUUUCUGUGCCUGGUACUCAACAGGAUAUUUACUGGUUGCGAGGGUAUCAGGAACUGGGGGUUGAAAGGCAUGAGGCAACAAACACAAAUGUGUAAAGUGUUGUCGCAAAACCAUAGACUAAAGCCUGCAUUUACUGCUGCUGUGUACCUAGCAAAACCGUAGAUUGCGGCAAUAAAUUACCAUUGGCCUGGUUUUAAGUACGACUCAUAGAGUAGAUGUGUCAUCAUUUUUGGUUCAAUUAUCAGCAUUACGUUUAAAUUGUUUCAUUUUUUACGCCAGCUUAACUCGAUUCCACUAGACACGCGAUACAAGUAAUUAUUGUAUACACUAUAUAUACUGUAUGUUUAUUUAUUUACUAUUAAUAUACUGUAUUUUACUAUUUUGAGACGAUUUUUGUAUGAUUUUAGGAGUACGAGGGUAAACAGGUCUGCACACUUUUAGUUGAAUCUUAAUUCAUUAAACUAUGGAGUUUUGUUAAGGCUGAAGCAGCAUUGAAGGGUAAAGGAAUGUUAUAGAUUGGUGCAUGGCACAGGGGCUGCUAGCAUCUAGAUAUGUGUGCCCAAAAUGUAAAGUGUAAAAGAAUCUCAAGAAACGUCAAGAUUUCUCAGAGGGUUUUGAGUGGAGAUGUUAUGCCAAAAUUCUCAGAUGCAAACAGACUACACAAAGGUUCUUAUUUCAGAGAGAGUAGAAUCUGUAUUGUUGAUACUAUGAAAGCUCUGAUCUUUUUAUAAUGGUGUAGCUUAGCAUUUCGAAAGGCACUGUCACUGACAGAUAUUUUUUUUCUUUCAUGAAGUCUGUGUUACUGUCAGUCUACAAGAAAGUUUGGUGCUAGGUGUUAUCGGCAUAGUGAAGAUUGACAAUUUCUUAUUUUAAAAAAUAGAUAUAAUAUGCGGAGAAUUUUGGAAAUGGGGCCGUUGAAAUAUUAUUAAAAUGGAAAAGACAUAAGAGAGGAGUUCUCCCUUUUGUUAAAUAGAGCUGACCACACUGUAGUCCUAACUGAAAAGCAUCUGAAGUAUAGUGUCUAAGUCACUGAGUAUACAAUACAAGUACAUUGGAGAUUAUUUAAAAAAGGGAUUGAGGUGUUGAGGGGAAACACUGAUUUACUCACUGUGAAGGAAAGAGAACAACCCCAGCUCGUUAUUGUGUUGCAGCUUAUCUGAGAAAUGCAUUCAAGUUGUUACAUUCUCUGACAAAUUCAAAAUUAUAUCGCAAAAACUUAAAAUAUAACUUAAUUUUAUCUCUGUAUAUCUUAAUUAUCCUAAGUGAGCAUCUAUCCUUGCGCCUAAUGCUCUGGCGAAAACCUGCCUUUUUUUUGUUAAAAAUAAUUCAUUUCUCUAUUUUUCUCCUUUCAAUUUUUAUAACUUUUGGCAGUAUAUUAUAUCAUUUUCUUUGAAUUUUCUCUUUAUUCCUUUCAGAAAGUGUCAAGACUCUCACUAUAUUAAUUUUGUUGUUGCUAACUUGGUAUAUACCUAAUACCCUGUAUAUAGUAGUAUAGUUUCUAUACCUAUCCUCAUUCUUUUAGUAAUUUUUUCUUUGAUUUUUCAGUCAGAAACCUAUCAAUAAUUUACUGGUGUAACCAUGGAUUACACCAACUUGAAUCGUGCACAACUUAGUUUUGAUUACUUACACACCAAUUCGUAAGUAUUGACAUGAUGGUAAAAACUUAAUUUUUAAUCCAUAAAUUGCCAUUCUUAUUGCAGGUUUUGUCAAAAUGUUGUCUGAAUACAAAAUAGUACUUUCCUAUAGCUUAAAGUUUUCAGUUGGCUUAUUCAAACUCUACAUGAAUUUCAGUAUGUUUUAAAACUAAAAAUUAACAUUCAUUCUAAAAAAAUAUAUAUUUUUUCAUCAUGUUUAACCUAAGAGAUUGGCUUUAAUUCAAGAUUUAUUCUUCAUUCAAAUGUAAUACUAUGAAAAAAAUUAUGCGCUAAAAUAUAAAUGUUCCAUUUAUUUACUCUCUCAUUCAGAACUACACAUGAGUUUUUGUUUGGUGCACUUGCUGAGCUGCUCGACAAUGCCAGAGAUGCUUCUGCAACAAAAAUGAACAUUUUCACCAGUAAGAAAGCGAGAGCCAGUUCAAUGGCCUCAUUGGCUUUUUUUUAAACAUAUAUUUUAAUAAUAUUCAAUGUACUGUAUUUUAACAAUUAUUUAACAGUUAGGUUAUUAUUUAAAGAAUUUCUUUUUUGUUUGUUUGUUAGAAAUGUAAUUUGGAAUGAUUUUUAAUUUAUAAUUUCAGUUAAAAAUGAAGCAUUACGUGGCGGUUACAUUUUGUGUUUCUUGGAUGAUGGUGAAGGAAUGGAUCCAGGUAAACUUCUUCUUAUUUUUUUUUCUUCAAAAAUAUAUUUGCAAAAUAUUUUAAUAAUGAUUUUCAAAUACCCUUAAACCCCAAACGUAACAUCAAACCUUCCACCUUUCUUUUAGUUGAAACUGCAAGUAUUGUUACUUUUGGCAAGUCUAACAAAAAAUCUGAUGAUUUACACCAGAUUGGGAUGUAUGGUAAUGGUCUUAAAUCGUAAGUAUGGCUAAUUUUUCCUUUAAAAAAUUUUAAUUUAACAACAGCACUAAAGAAGAUAAAUUUCAAAUGUUUAAAUCUGGGUGAAGCUAGAGGCCACCCAUCAUCCAGGACACUUAAAGAGAGGCAGUCUUCUAAAGUUUGAAGUAACCCAAAUUAAACAAAGUUUUAAAAUUUAUUUCACUCUUGCAUCGAUGUAAAUCGGCGGUUAUGUUCAUAGAUAUAUCAAGUAUUUUUUAAAAAAGUUUGUUAGGAUAUAUUAUUGAUUCAUACUUUCUCUCUAGUGGCUCCAUGCGAAUAGGAAAUGAUCUUAUGCUAUUUACAAAGAAAGGAGAUACACGGUCAUGUCUUUUUCUGUCUCGAACUUUUCAUGAGGAAGAAAACAUAGAUGAAGUCAUUGUUCCUAUACCUUCAUUUGAAGCAUGCUCUCAGAAACCAAAAAUGGCAGAUGUCAAAUUAAAAGAAAAGGUUUGUGCACAAAACUGUUUAUGGUUAAUGUUCAGUUUGCUGAUACUGCAUUGUUGUAUACAAAUUAGCACAGUAAAGAAUUAAUGUUUUUAUGCAAUAGCCUUCUGCUAUUUCUUCAUAAUGAAUUUAAUAAUUUUUUUAGAAUUUUAGUUAUCUCAAAUGAUUUUGUUUCUUUGCCCUUUUUUCUUGGUUAGUCUUGGAUCUGUUCAUAACAUCGUAAUGAAAAAUAGUCUUAUGAUUUUGUUAUGCUUUUAAAAGACCUACCAACCUUAAAGUAAAUUUUUAUCUCAAAUAACAUAGUUCUAUUGUGCUAAGUUACAAAUGUACUAAAAUUAGUAUUAUUAUUUCUUUAGCUGUGUGUCACAUUUUAAUUUAAAACCAUUCAAAAUUCCCACUCAGAAUUAGACCUAUGUCUUGGUUAGCGUAAAACUAUAAAUAACAAACACCUGGAGUUAUCUGAAAAUUGAAUAUCUCAUUGUUAAUACCUAACCAUCAUUUACUUCUUAGUAUGGUAUUAAAAGUGUUACAAAAUUAUUUUAUAUUUUUUUCAGCAUGAAUUAGAGAUGGAGAUAAUUUUAAAAUAUUCCCCAUUUAAGAGUAAGGAAGAUUUCUUCACUCAGUUUGACAGAAUAGAAGGCCAAUCAGGUACAUUGGUUAUGGUGUACAACUUAAAGCUGCUGGAUUCGGGCGACACAGAAUUGGAUUUUAUUACUGAUUCCACAGAUAUUAUCCUAGCUAAUCCAAGUAGCCAUGACUUCGACUCAGAUGAAGGGUAUGUUAUUUCAAUUUUGUGAAAUGAUCAUUUUAAAAAAUCCCAAGUUACUGUAACUAAAAAUGUGUUUUCUCGAAGCAAAGGCAUCAAAAUAAGGCUAGUGGGCGUUUUAAAUCCAAACAAAUCAAUCUAAAAGAACAUUUAUACAGUUUUAUUGCCAAACGCAGGACUGUGAAGAUUUUAUUUUCUUUGAAUUUUUUAAACAGUUGAUCAUUGUUAGUGAGACAGUUAAGCAAAAAACUGAUGGCUUUAUUUGAAUGUUAUACUUAGUUAUUUGACCUGUUCAAAUUUAUUUCAACCAGGGCUUAGCAGCUCUCUUAAACUCUGAAGUUAUCAGGAAAUAUGCUCUUCCCCCUUAGAUUUGAUUUUGUCAUGUUUUUAGCCCAAGGUUUUAGUGUGAAACAAGAAUUACAUAUUUUUUGCUGUCUGAUCAUUUUCUCUUCCCUAUUGUUUCCACCUCUAUCAGCCUUAUGCCUGAAAGAAAAUCUUUUAGAGCCUAUGCAGCCAUUUUGUACAUGGAUCCAAGGAUGCGAAUCUACCUUCAGAACAAAAAAGUCCGCACCAAGAGGCUUGCAUGUACAUUAUACAAAUCUAAAAUCUACAAAUAUUCAUCUAAUCGGUUUAAAACAAGGGCUGAAAACGAAGCAAAACGAGCUAUAGAUGAGGCACUGUCUGCUGAGAACAAGGCCAGGGAGGCUGAGAGUAAAGCAAAGUAGGUGGUGCUGUGUUCAUUUAGAUCAAUAUGUUUAAAGUUAAGUGGUGCUAAUUAUAUUUAUAUGUUAACAAGCAUUAUAUAAGUUUUAUAUAAUAAAUGAAAAGUAAAUAAAGUAAGAAGUAUAAGUAAACUUCAGCAUGUUAUAAUUACUAGCUCAAGCUUAGCAUUCCCGUGAGGAAAAAAAAAGUAAAGCUUUGUGUUUCUUUUUAACCAGAAUGUUCUUUAGAAAAUUUUAAUUUUUUUAGAUGAGUUAUCAAAAUUAGUUCAUAUGAAUUAAGUUAUGGAAACAUUCAAUAAUAUAAUUUUGCAGAAAUCUAGAAACUAAAGUUGGUUCUUCAACUAAUAAAGAACAGAGGGUAAGUUUCAGUCCUUCAACCCAGGAAGUGUCAUAACAUCCGAUAACGAGGGCUGCUUUGUGGUGUUACGGUCAAUACACUCGACCUCUAAUAAAAUUGUUAUUAUGAAUUACAAUCAGAAGUUUAACAGGUUUUUUUUUAAUGGAGGAUAACUCUAACAAAUUAGAUUUGCUUCAUAUUUAUAAAAAACUAAGGUAAAUAUUUCAUGUGUUCAUAUUUUAUUUAUAUUUUGAAGUCAAGUUGAAAUUUUCAGUCUUAAGAAAAAAACUGACUCGUGUGACUCAGAGGUUGGCCCUGCAAAACAAAAGCCUAAUUUAUUUGAAUCACUUCUUUAUGAAAGUGAUUUUGAAGAUACUUUUGUUUGCAUUACUCAUGGUGGUAAUAAUUACAGACUAUUAACAGUUCAAGUUCUAAUAGUGAUAUUAGGGAAAAUAGGGUACUAAUGAAUUUAAUAGGCAUUAUAUAAAGAAAUAUUUGGUCACCAAUGAAUUCAUUAUAUUUUUUAAACAAUUCUAUUAACCCAAAUAAGUUUAUAUUUUCUUAACUUAAAGAAUACUAUUUUAUAUGUAUGAUCAACUUGUUUAGAUAAUAAAAACCCCAAAAGUCAGUGUGGGUGUGAGUUGAGGAAAGAUAAACUGCAAAUUGUAGCACAAUUGACAGUUAAAGGGUCAAGGUCAUAUUCAUUUAACGUAGCUCACAGCAUUCCAACAUUCAUACAGUUUGAUUCAUUAUCCAAUUUACUCACAGAAUAUCUAUACUUAUAUGGAUAUCUGUGUUCAUUUUCUAUAAGUUUGGGGUAUUUUAGUGAUACAUAACAAAGAUACUAAAAACAGUUGACACCACAGCAUGUUUGCAUUUGACAGUUCGCAGAUUAAAAUAAUUGAUGUUAAUAGUUUUUUUAAUGGAGAUAAGAUUUAUACAUUUAAGACAAAGAUCUUUAAAUAAUUAGUGUCUUUUUUAAGAUACAUCAUGUAAACCUAUAUUAAAAUAGGCUGCCCUAAGGAAAGCACAAAAUUAUGCUGCUGAAUGUAGAGGCAAUGCUCAAAUCAAACGACAGAUGGCAGAAAGAAAAACAAAGUAAGUCAAUAAAUUAAUUGAUUUGCUGAAGAAUUAUUUGUAUGAUUAGUAUUAUGGUUUAUGGCUACCUAAUUAAAUUGUUCAAUUCUGGGUCUCAGAAUUCUUAGAAAAAUAUAACUAAAUAUACUUCUUUUUUACAUUUUUAGAUCCCUGAAGGAACCAAAGACUUUAAAUCUCAUAUUUGGUCUGAACUUGGAAAAUCGCAGUCAUGAUGGUGUAUUUGUUUAUAACUGCAGUCGGCUGAUAAAAAUGUAUGAAAAAGUCGGCCCACAGAAUGAAGGAGGAGUGUAA